AGGCAGUUAUAGGGUGAGGGGUCAUGUAAUAGGGCAGUGAUAGGUACAGGCAGUUAUAGGGUGAGGGGUCAUGUAAUAGGGCAGUGAUAGGGUGAGGGGUCAUGUAAUAGGCCAGUGAUAGGGUGAGGGGUCAUGUAAUAGGGCAGUAAUAGGUGCAGGCAGUUAUAGGGUGAGGGGUCAUGUAAUAGGGCAGUGAUAGGUACAGGUAGUUAUAGGGUGAGGGGUCAUGUAAUAGGGUGUUGAUAGGUACAGGUAGUUAUUUGGUGAGGGCUCACGUAAUAAGGCAGUGAUAGGUACAGACAGUUAUAGGGUGAGGGGUCAUGUAAUUGGGCAGUGAUCGGUACAGACAGUUAUAGGGUGAGGGGGUCAUGUAAUAGGGCAGUGAUAGGUACAGACAGUUAUAGGGUGAGGGGUCAUGUAAUAGGGCAGUGAUAGGUACAGACAGUUAUAGGGUGAGGGGUCAUGUAAUAGGGCAGUGAUAGGUACAGACAGUUAUAGGGUGAGGGGUCAUGUAAUAGGGCAGUGAUAGGUACAGGCAGUAAUAGGGUGAGGGUUCAUGUAAUAGGGCAGUGAUAGGUACAGGUAGCUAUACGGUGAGGGCUCACGUAAUAAGGCAGUGAUAGGUACAGACAGUUAUAGGGUGAGGGGUCAUGUAAUAGGGCAGUGAUAGGUACAGGCAGUUUUAGGGUGAGGGGUCAUGUAAUAGGGCAGUGAUAGGUACAGGCAUUUAUAGGGUGAGGGGUCAUGUAAUAGGGCAGUGAUAGGUACAGGCAGUUAUAGGGUGAGGGGUCAUGUAAUAGGGCAGUGAUAGGUACAGGCAGUUAUAGGGUGAGGGGUCAUGUAAUAGGGCAGUGAUAGGUACAGGCAGUUAUAGGGUUAGGGGGUCAUGUAAUAGGGCAGUUAUAGGGUGAGGGGUCAUGUAAUAGGGCAGUGAUAGGUGCAGGCAGUUAUAGGGUGAGGGGUCAUGUAAUAGGGCAGUGAUAAGUACAGACAGUUAUAGGGUGAGGGGUCAUGUAAUAGGGCAGUGAUAGUUACAAUUUAUAAGGUGAGGGGUCAUGUAAUAAGGCAGUGAUAGUUACAGACAGAUAUAGGGUGAGGGGUCAUGUAAUAGGGCAGUGAUAGGGUGAGGGGUCAUGUAAUAGUGCAGUGAUAGGUACAGGCAGUUAUAGGGUGAGGGGUCAUGUAAUAGGGCAGUGAUAGGUACAGACAGUUAUAGGGUGAGGGGUCAUGUAAUAGGGCAGUGAUAGGUACAGGCAGUUAUAGGGUGAGGGGUCAUGUAAUAGGGCAGCGAUAGGGUGAGGGGUCAUGUAAUAGGGCAGUGAUAGGUACAGGCAGUUAUAGGGUGAGGGGUCAUGUAAUAGGGCAGUGAUAGGUACAGGCAGUUAUAGGGUGAGGGGUCAUGUAAUAGGGCAGUGAUAGGUACAGGCAGUUAUAGGGUGAGGGGUCAUGUUAUAGGGCAGUGAUAGGUACAGGCAGUUAUAGGGUGAGGGGUCAUGUAAUAGGGCAGUGAUAGGUACAGGCAGUUAUAGGGUGAGGGGUCAUGUAAUAGGGCAGUGAUAGGUACAGGCAGUUAUAGGGUGAGGGGUCAUGUAAUAGGGCAGUGAUAGGGUGAGGGGUCAUGUAAUAGGCCAGUGAUAGGGUGAGGGGUCAUGUAAUAGGGCAGUAAUAGGUGCAGGCAGUUAUAGGGUGAGGGGUCAUGUAAUAGGGCAGUGAUAGGUACAGGUAGUUAUAGGGUGAGGGGUCAUGUAAUAGGGUGUUGAUAGGUACAGGUAGUUAUUUGGUGAGGGCUCACGUAAUAAGGCAGUGAUAGGUACAGACAGUUAUAGGGUGAGGGGUCAUGUAAUAGGGCAGUGAUAGGUACAGGCAGUAAUAGGGUGAGGGUUCAUGUAAUAGGGCAGUGAUAGGUACAGGUAGCUAUACGGUGAGGGCUCACGUAAUAAGGCAGUGAUAGGUACAGACAGUUAUAGGGUGAGGGGUCAUGUAAUAGGGCAGUGAUAGGUACAGACAGUUAUAGGGUGAGGGGCCAUGUAAUAGGGCAGUGAUAGGUACAGACAGUUAUAGGGUUAGGGGUCAUGUAAUAGGGCAGUGAUAGGUACAGGGCAGUUAUAGGGUGAGGGGUCAUGUAAUAGGGCAGUGAUAAGUACAGGCAGUUAUAGGGUGAGGGUCAUGUAAUAGGGCAGUGAUAAGUACAGGCAGUUAUAGGGUGAGGGGUCAUGUAAUAGGGCAGUGAUAGGUACAGACAGUUAUAGGGUGAGGGGUCAUGUAAUAGGGCAGUGAUAGGUACAGGCAGUUAAAGGGGGAGGGGUCAUGUAAUAGGGCAGUGAUAAGUACAGGCAGUUAUAGGGUGAGGGGUCAUGUAAUAGGGCAGUGAUAGGUACAGACAGUUAUAGGGUGAGGGGUCAUGUAAUAGGGCAGUGAUAGGUACAGGCAGUUAUAGGGUGAGGGGGUCAUGUAAUAGGGCAGUGAUAGGUACAGGGCAGUUAUAGGGUGAGGGGUCAUGUAAUAGGGCAGUGAUAAGUACAGGUAGCUAUACGGUGAGGGCUCACGUAAUAAGGCAGUGAUAGGUACAGACAGUUAUAAGGUGAGGGCUCAUGUAAUAAGGCAGUGAUAGGUACAGGUAGUUAUAAGGUGAGGGCUCAUCUAAUAAGGCAGUGAUAGGUACACACAGUUAUAGGGUGAGGGUCAUGUAAUAGGGCAAUGAUAGGUACAGGCAGUUAUAGGGUGAGGGGUCAUGUAAUUGGGCAGUGAUAGGUACAGGGCAGUUAUAGGGUGAGGGGUCAUGUAAUAGGGCAGUGGUAGGUACAGGGCAGUUAUAGGGUGAGGGGUCAUGUAAUAGUACAGUGAUAGGUACAGGGCAGUUAUAGGGUGAGGGUCAUGUAAUAGGGCAAUGAUAGGUACAGGCAGUUAUAAGAUGAGGGGUCAUGUAAUAGGGCAGUGACAGGUACAGGGUAGUUAUAGGGUGAGGGGUCAUGUAAUAGGGCAGUGAUAGGUACAGGGCAGUUAUAGGAUGAGGGGUCAUGUAAUAAGGCAGUGAUAGGUACAGGGCAGUUAUAGGGUGAGGGGUCAUGUAAUAAGGCAGUGAUAGGUACAGGGCAGUUAUAGGGUGAGGGGUCAUGUAAUAGGGCAGUGAUAGGUACAGGGCAGUUGUAGAGUGAGGGGUCAUGUAAUAGGGCAGUGAUAGGUACAGACAGUUAUGGGGUGAGGGGUCAUGUAAUAGGGCAGUGAUAGGUACAGAGCAGUUAUAGGGUGAGGGGUCAUGUAAUAGGGCAGUGAUAGGUACAGACAGUUAUGGGGUGAGGGGUCAUGUAAUAGGGCAGUGAUAGGUACAGACAGUUAUAGGGUGAGGGGUCAUGUAAUAGGGCAGUGAUAGGUACAGACAGUUAUAGGGUGAGGGGGUCAUGUAAUAGGACAGUGAUAGGUACAGGCAGUUAUAGGGUGAGGGGUCAUGUAAUAGGGCAGUGCUAGGUACAGGCAGUUAUAGGGUGAGGGGUCAUGUAAUAGGGCAGUGAUAGGUACAGGGUAUUUAUAGGGUGAGGGGUCAUGUAAUAGGGCAGUGAUAGGUACAGGCAGUUAUAGGGUGAGGGGUCAUGUAAUAGGGCAGUGAUAGGUACAUACAAUUAUAAGGUGAGGGGUCAUGUAAAAGGGCAGUGAUAGGUACAGGCAGUUAUAGGGUGAGGGGUCAUGUAAUAGGGCAGUGAUAGGUACAGGCAGUUAUAGGGUGAGGGGUCAUGUAAUAGGGCAGUGAUAGGUACAGGCAGUUAUAGGGUGAGGGGUCAUGUAAUAGGGCAGUGAUAGGUACAGUCAGUUAUAGGGUGAGGGGUCAUGUAAUAGGGCAGUGAUAGGUACAGGCAGUUAUAGGGUGAGGGGUCAUGUAAUAGGGCAGUGAUAGGUACAGGCAGUUAUAGGGUGAGGGGUCAUGUAAUAAGGCAGUGAUAGGUACAGGCAGUUAUAGGGUGAGGGGGUCAUGUAAUAGGGCAGUGAUAGGUACAGGCAGUUGUAGGGUGAGGGUCAUGUUAUAGGGCAGUGCUAAGUACAGACAGUUAUAGGGUGAGGGGUCAUGUAAUAGGGCGGUGAUAGGUACAGACAGUUAUAGGGUGAGGGGUCAUGUAAUAGGACAGUGAUAGGUACAGACAGUUAUAGGGUGAGGGGUCAUGUAAUAGGACAGUGAUAGGUACAGGGCAGUUAUAGGGUGAGGGGUCAUGUAAGAGGGGAGUGAUAGGUACAGACAAUUGUAGGGUGAGGGUCAUGUAAUAGGGCAGUGAUAGGUACAGACAGUUACAGUGUGAGGGGUCAUGUAAUAGGGCAGUGAUAGGUACAGACAGUAAUAGGGUGAGGGGUCAUGUAAUAGGGCAGUGAUAGGUACAGGGCAGUUAUAGGGUGAGGGGUCAUGUAAUAGGGCAGUGAUAGGUACAGGUAGUUAUAAGGUGAGGGUCAUGUAAUAGGGCAGUGAUAGGUACAGACAGUUAUAGGGUGAGGGGUCAUGUAAUAGGGCAGUGAUAGGUACAGACAGUUAUAGGGUGAGGGGUCAUGUAAUAUGUACAGACAGUUAUAGGGUGAGGGGUCAUGCAAUAUGGCAGUGAUAGGUACAGACAGUUACAGUGUGAGGGGUCAUGUAAUAGGGCAGUGAUAGGUACAGGCAGUUAUAGGGUGAGGGGUCAUGUAAUAGGGCAGUGAUAGGUACAGGCAGUUAUAGGGUGAGGGGUCAUGUAAUAGGGCAGUGAUAAGUACAGGCAGUUAUAGGGUGAGGGGUCAUGUAAUAGGGCAGUGAUAGGUACAGACAGUUAUAUGCUGAGGGGUCAUGUAAUAGGGCAGUGAUAGGUACAGGGCAGUUAUAGGGUGAGGGGUCAUGUAAUAGGGCAGUGAUAGGUACAGACAGUUAUAGGGUGAGGGGUCAUAUUAUAGGUCAGUGAUAGGUACAGGCAGUUAUAGGGUGAGGGGUCAUAUUAUAGGUCAGUGAUAGGUACAGGCAGUUAUAGGGUGAGGGGUUAUGUAAUAGGGCAGUGAUAGGUACAGGCAGUUAUAGGGUGAUGGGUCAUGUAAUAGGGAAGUGAUAGGUACAGACAGUUAUAGGGUGAGGGGUCAUGUAAUAAGUCAAUGAUAGGUACAGGCAGUUAUAGGGUGAGGGGUCAUGUAAUAGGGCAGUGAUAGGUACAGGCAGUUAUAGGGUGAGGGGUCAUGUAAUAAGGCAGUGAUAGGUACAGGGCAGUUAUAGGGUGAGGGGUCAUGUAAUAGGGCAGUGAUAGGUACAGGGCAGUUGUAGAGUGAGGGGUCAUGUAAUAGGGCAGUGAUAGGUACAGACAGUUAUGGGGUGAGGGGUCAUGUAAUUGGGCAGUGAUAGGUACAGAGCAGUUAUAGGGUGAGGGGUCAUGUAAUAGGGCAGUGAUAGGUACAGACAGUUAUGGGGUGAGGGGUCAUGUAAUAGGGCAGUGAUAGGUACAGACAGUUAUAGGGUGAGGGGUCAUGUAAUAGGGCAGUGAUAGGUACAGACAGUUAUAGGGUGAGGGGGUCAUGUAAUAGGGCAGUGAUAGGUACAGGCAGUUAUAGGGUGAGGGGUCAUGUAAUAGGGCAGUGAUAGGUACAGGCAGUUAUAGGGUGAGGGGUCAUGUAAUAGGACAGUGAUAGGUACAGACAGUUAUAGGGUGAGGAAUCAUGUAAUAGGGCAGUGAUAGGUACAGGGUAGUUAUAGGGUGAGGGGUCAUGUAAUAGGGCAGUGCAAGGUACAGGCAGUUAUAGGGUGAGGGGUCAUGUAAUAGGGCAGUGAUAGGUACAGGGUAUUUAUAGGGUGAGGGGUCAUGUAAUAGGGCAGUGAUAGGUACAGGGUAGUUAUAGGGUGAGGGGUCAUGUAAUAGGGCAGUGAUAGGUACAGGCAGUUAUAGGGUGAGGGGUCAUGUAAUAGGGCAGUGAUAGGUACAUACAAUUAUAAGGUGAGGGGUCAUGUAAAAGGGCAGUGAUAGGUACAGGCAGUUAUAGGGUGAGGGGUCAUGUAAUAGGGCAGUAAUAGGUACAGGCAGUUAUAGGGUGAGGGGUCAUGUAAUAGGGCAGUGAUAGGUACAGGCAGUUAUAGGGUGAGGGGUCAUGUAAUAGGGCAGUGAUAGGUACAGACAGUUAUAGGGUGAGGGGUCAUGUAAUAGGGCAGUGAUAGGUACAGACAGUUAUAGGGUGAGUGGUCAUGUAAUAGAGCAGUGAAAGGUACAGACAGUUAUGGGGUGAGGGGGUCAUGUAAUAGGGCAGUGAUAGGUACAGGCAGUUAUAGGGUGAGGGGUCAUGUAAUAGGGCAGUGAUAGGUACAGGCAGUUAUAGGGUGAGGGGUCAUGUAAUAGGGCAGUGAUAGGUACAGUCAGUUAUAGGGUGAGGGGUCAUGUAAUAGGGCAGUGAUAGGUACAGGCAGUUAUAGGGUGAGGGGUCAUGUAAUAGGGCAGUGAUAGGUACAGGCAGUUAUAGGGUGAGGGGUCAUGUAAUAAGGCAGUGAUAGGUACAGGCAGUUAUAGGGUGAGGGGGUCAUGUAAUAGGGCAGUGAUAGGUACAGGCAGUUGUAGGGUGAGGGUCAUGUUAUAGGGCAGUGCUAAGUACAGACAGUUAUAGGGUGAGGGGUCAUGUAAUAGGGCGGUGAUAGGUACAGACAGUUAUAGGGUGAGGGGUCAUGUAAUAGGACAGUGAUAGGUACAGACAGUUAUAGGGUGAGGGGUCAUGUAAUAGGACAGUGAUAGGUACAGGGCAGUUAUAGGGUGAGGGGUCAAGUAAUAGGGCAGUGAUAGGUACAGACAGUUAUAGGGUGAGGGUCAUGUAAUAGGGCAGUGAUAGGUACAGACAGUUACAGUGUGAGGGGUCAUGUAAUAGGGCAGUGAUAGGUACAGACAGUAAUAGGGUGAGGGGUCAUGUAAUAGGGCAGUGAUAGGUACAGGGCAGUUAUAGGGUGAGGGGUCAUGUAAUAGGGCAGUGAUAGGUACAGGUAGUUAUAAGGUGAGGGUCAUGUAAUAGGGCAGUGAUAGGUACAGACAGUUAUAGGGUGAGGGGUCAUGUAAUAGGGCAGUGAUAGGUACAGACAGUUAUAGGGUGAGGGGUCAUGUAAUAUGUACAGACAGUUAUAGGGUGAGGGGUCAUGUAAUAUGGCAGUGAUAGGUACAGACAGUUACAGUGUGAGGGGUCAUGUAAUAGGGCAGUGAUAGGUACAGACAGUUAUAGGGUGAGGGGUCAUGUAAUAGGGCAGUGAUAGGUACAGACAGUUAUAGGGUGAGGGGUCAUGUAAUAUGUACAGACAGUUAUAGGGUGAGGGGUCAUGCAAUAUGGCAGUGAUAGGUACAGACAGUUACAGUGUGAGGGGUCAUGUAAUAGGGCAGUGAUAGGUACAGGCAGUUAUAGGGUGAGGGGUCAUGUAAUAGGGCAGUGAUAGGUACAGGCAGUUAUAGGGUGAGGGGUCAUGUAAUAGGGCAGUGAUAAGUACAGGCAGUUAUAGGGUGAGGGGUCAUGUAAUAGGGCAGUGAUAGGUACAGACAGUUAUAUGCUGAGGGGUCAUGUAAUAGGGCAGUGAUAGGUACAGGGCAGUUAUAGGGUGAGGGGUCAUGUAAUAGGGCAGUGAUAGGUACAGACAGUUAUAGGGUGAGGGGUCAUAUUAUAGGUCAGUGAUAGGUACAGGCAGUUAUAGGGUGAGGGGUCAUAUUAUAGGUCAGUGAUAGGUACAGGCAGUUAUAGGGUGAGGGGUUAUGUAAUAGGGCAGUGAUAGGUACAGGCAGUUAUAGGGUGAUGGGUCAUGUAAUAGGGAAGUGAUAGGUACAGACAGUUAUAGGGUGAGGGGUCAUGUAAUAAGUCAAUGAUAGGUACAGGCAGUUAUAGGGUGAGGGGUCAUGUAAUAGGGCAGUGAUAGGUACAGGCAGUUAUAGGAUGAGGGGUCAUGUAAUAGGGCAGUGAUAGGUACAGACAGUUAUAGGGUGAGGGGUUAUGUAAUAGGGCAGUGAUAGGUACAGACAGUUAUAGGGUGAGGGGUCAUGUAAUAAGUCAAUGAUAGGUACAGGCAGUUAUAGGGUGAGGGGUCAUGUAAUAGGGCAGUGAUAGGUACAGACAGUUAUAGGGUGAGGGGUCAUGUAAUAGGACAGUGAUAGGUACAGGCAGUUAUAGGGUGAGGGGUCAUGUAAUAAGUCAAUGAUAGGUACAGGCAGUUAUAGGGUGAGGGGUCAUGUAAUAGGGCAGUGAUAGGUACAGACAGUUAUGGGGUGAGGGGUCAUGUAAUAGGGCAGUGAUAGGUACAGACAGUUAUAGGGUGAGGGAUCAUGUAAUAGGGCAGUGAUAGGUACAAGGGUGAGGGGUCAUGUAAUAGGGCAGUGAUAGGUACAGACAGUUAUAGGGUGAGGGGUCAUGUAAUAGGGCAGUGAUAGGUACAGACAGUUAUAGGGUGAGGGGUCAUGUAAUAGGGCAGCGAUAGGUACAGACAGUUAUAGGGUGAGGGGUCAUGUAAUAGGGCAGUGAUAGGUACAGACAGUUAUAGGGUGAGGGGUCAUGUAAUAGGGCAGUAAUAGAUACAGGCAGUUAUAGGGUGAGAGGUUAUGUAAUAGGGCAGUGAUAGAUACAGGCAGUUAUAGGGUGAGAGGUCAUGUAAUAGGGCAGUUACAGUGUGAGGGGUCAUGUAAUAGGGCAGUGAUAGGUACAGGUAGUUAUAGGGUGAGGGGUCAUGUAAUAGGGUGUUGAUAGGUACAGGUAGUUAUUUGGUGAGGGCUCACGUAAUAAAGCAGUGAUAGGUACAGACAGUUAUAGGGUGAGGGGGUCAUGUAAUAGGGCAGUGAUAGGUACAGACAGUUAUAGGGUGAGGGGUCAUGUAAUAGGGCAGUGAUAGGUACAGACAGUUAUAGGGUGAGGGGUCAUGUAAUAGGGCAGUGAUAGGUACAGACAGUUAUAGGGUGAGGGGUCAUGUAAUAGGGCAGUGAUAGGUACAGGCAGUAAUAGGGUGAGGGUUCAUGUAAUAGGGCAGUGAUAGGUACAGGUAGCUAUACGGUGAGGGCUCACGUAAUAAGGCAGUGAUAGGUACAGACAGUUAUAGGGUGAGGGGUCAUGUAAUAGGGCAGUGAUAGGUACAGACAGUUAUAGGGUGAGGGGUCAUGUAAUAAGGCAGUGAUAGGUACAGACAGUUAUAAGGUGAGGGCUCAUGUAAUAAGGCAGUGAUAGGUACAGGUAGUUAUAAGGUGAGGGCUCAUCUAAUAAAGCAGUGAUAGGUACACACAGUUAUAGGGUGAGGGUCAUGUAAUAGGGCAAUGAUAGGUACAGGCAGUUAUAGGGUGAGGGGUCAUGUAAUUGGGCAGUGAUAGGUACAGGGCAGUUAUAGGGUGAGGGGUCAUGUAAUAGGGCAGUGGUAGGUACAGGGCAGUUAUAGGGUGAGGGGUCAUGUAAUAGUACAGUGAUAGGUACAGGGCAGUUAUAAGAUGAGGGGUCAUGUAAUAGGGCAGUGACAGGUACAGGGUAGUUAUAGGGUGAGGGGUCAUGUAAUAGGGCAGUGAUAGGUACAGGGCAGUUAUAGGAUGAGGGGUCAUGUAAUAAGGCAGUGAUAGGUACAGGGCAGUUAUAGGGUGAGGGGUCAUGUAAUAAGGCAGUGAUAGGUACAGGGCAGUUAUAGGGUGAGGGGUCAUGUAAUAGGGCAGUGAUAGGUACAGGGCAGUUGUAGAGUGAGGGGUCAUGUAAUAGGGCAGUGAUAGGUACAGACAGUUAUGGGGUGAGGGGUCAUGUAAUAGGGCAGUGAUAGGUACAGAGCAGUUAUAGGGUGAGGGGUCAUGUAAUAGGGCAGUGAUAGGUACAGACAGUUAUGGGGUGAGGGGUCAUGUAAUAGGACAGUGAUAGGUACAGACAGUUAUAGGGUGAGGAAUCAUGUAAUAGGGCAGUGAUAGGUACAGGGUAGUUAUAGGGUGAGGGGUCAUGUAAUAGGGCAGUGCUAGGUACAGGCAGUUAUAGGGUGAGGGGUCAUGUAAUAGGGCAGUGAUAGGUACAGGGUAUUUAUAGGGUGAGGGGUCAUGUAAUAGGGCAGUGAUAGGUACAGGGUAGUUAUAGGGUGAGGGGUCAUGUAAUAGGGCAGUGAUAGGUACAGGCAGUUAUAGGGUGAGGGGUCAUGUAAUAGGGCAGUGAUAGGUACAGACAAUUAUAAGGUGAGGGGUCAUGUAAAAGGGCAGUGAUAGGUACAGGCAGUUAUAGGGUGAGGGGUCAUGUAAUAGGGCAGUAAUAGGUACAGGCAGUUAUAGGGUGAGGGGUCAUGUAAUAGGGCAGUGAUAGGUACAGGCAGUUAUAGGGUGAGGGGUCAUGUAAUAGGGCAGUGAUAGGUACAGACAGUUAUAGGGUGAGGGGUCAUGUAAUAGGGCAGUGAUAGGUACAGACAGUUAUAGGGUGAGUGGUCAUGUAAUAGAGCAGUGAAAGGUACAGACAGUUAUGGGGUGAGGGGGUCAUGUAAUAGGGCAGUGAUAGGUACAGGCAGUUGUAGGGUGAGGGUCAUGUUAUAGGGCAGUGCUAAGUACAGACAGUUAUAGGGUGAGGGGUCAUGUAAUAGGGCAGUGAUAGGUACAGACAGUUAUAGGGUGAGGGGUCAUGUAAUAGGACAGUGAUAGGUACAGGGCAGUUAUAGGGUGAGGGGUCAUGUAAUAGGGCAGUGAUAGGUACAGACAGUUAUAGGGUGAGGGUCAUGUAAUAGGGCAGUGAUAGGUACAGACAGUUACAGUGUGAGGGGUCAUGUAAUAGGGCAGUGAUAGGUACAGACAGUAAUAGGGUGAGGGGUCAUGUAAUAGGGCAGUGAUAGGUACAGGGCAGUUAUAGGGUGAGGGGUCAUGUAAUAGGGCAGUGAUAGGUACAGGUAGUUAUAAGGUGAGGGCCAUGUAAUAGGGCAGUGAUAGGUACAGACAGUUAUAGGGUGAGGGGUCAUGUAAUAGGGCAGUGAUAGGUACAGACAGUUAUAAGGUGAGGGGUCAUGUAAUAUGUACAGACAGUUAUAGGGUGAGGGGUCAUGCAAUAUGGCAGUGAUAGGUACAGACAGUUACAGUGUGAGGGGUCAUGUAAUAGGGCAGUGAUAGGUACAGGCAGUUAUAGGGUGAGGGGUCAUGUAAUAGGGCAGUGAUAGGUACAGGCAGUUAUAGGGUGAGGGGUCAUGUAAUAGGGCAGUGAUAAGUACAGGCAGUUAUAGGGUGAGGGGUCAUGUAAUAGGGCAGUGAUAGGUACAGACAGUUAUAUGCUGAGGGGUCAUGUAAUAGGGCAGUGAUAGGUACAGGGCAGUUAUAGGGUGAGGGGUCAUGUAAUAGGGCAGUGAUAGGUACAGACAGUUAUAGGGUGAGGGGUCAUAUUAUAGGUCAGUGAAAGGUACAGGCAGUUAUAGGGUGAGGGGUUAUGUAAUAGGGCAGUGAUAGGUACAGACAGUUAUAGGGUGAGGGGUCAUGUAAUACUGAAGUGAUAGGUACAGACAGUUAUAGGGUGAGGGGUCAUGUAAUAAGUCAAUGAUAGGUACAGGCAGUUAUAGGGUGAGGGGUCAUAUUAUAGGUCAGUGAAAGGUACAGGCAGUUAUAGGGUGAGGGGUCAUAUUAUAGGUCAGUGAUAGGUACAGGCAGUUAUAGGGUGAGGGGUUAUGUAAUAGGGCAGUGAUAGGUACAGGCAGUUAUAGGGUGAGGGGUCAUGUAAUAGGGCAGUGAUAGGUACAGACAGUUAUAGGGUGAGGGGUCAUGUAAUAAGUCAAUGAUAGGUACAGGCAGUUAUAGGGUGAGGGGUCAUGUAAUAGGGCAGUGAUAGGUACAGGCAGUUAUAGGGUGAGGGGUCAUGUAAUAGGGCAGUGAUAGGUACAGACAGUUAUAGGGUGAAGGGUUAUGUAAUAGGACAGUGAUAGGUACAGGCAGUUAUAGGGUGAGGGGUCAUGUAAUAAGUCAAUGAUAGGUACAGGCAGUUAUAGGGUGAGGGGUCAUGUAAUAGGACAGUGAUAGGUACAGGCAGUUAUAGGGUGAGGGGUCAUGUAAUAAGUCAAUGAUAGGUACAGGCAGUUAUAGGGUGAGGGGUCAUGUAAUAGGGCAGUGAUAGGUACAGACAGUUAUGGGGUGAGGGGUCAUGUAAUAGGGCAGUGAUAGGUACAGACAGUUAUAGGGUGAGGGAUCAUGUAAUAGGGCAGUGAUAGGUACAAGGGUGAGGGGUCAUGUAAUAGGGCAGUGAUAGGUACAGACAGUUAUAGGGUGAGGGGUCAUGUAAUAGGGCAGUGAUAGGUACAGACAGUUAUAGGGUGAGGGGUCAUGUAAUAGGGCAGCGAUAGGUACAGACAGUUAUAGGGUGAGGGGUCAUGUAAUAGGGUAGUGAUAGGUACAGACAGUUAUAGGGUGAGGGGUCAUGUAAUAGGGCAGUGAUAGAUACAGGCAGUUAUAGGGUGAGAGGUUAUGUAAUAGGGCAGUGAUAGAUACAGGCAGUUAUAGGGUGAGAGGUCAUGUAAUAGGGCAGUUACAGUGUGAGGGGUCAUGUAAUAGGGCAGUGAUAGGUACAGACAGUUAUAAGGUGAGGGUCAUGUAAUAGGGCAGUGAUAGGUACAGACAGUUAUAGGGUGAGGGGUCAUGUAAUAGGGCAGUGAUAGGUACAGACAGUUAUAGGGUGAGGGGUCAUGUAAUAGUGCAGUGAUAGGUAUAGGCAGUUAUAGGGUGAGGGGUCAUGUAAUAAGGCAGUGAUAGGUACAGACAAUUAUAGGGUGAGGGGUCAUGUAAUAGGACAGUGAUAGGUACAGGCAGUUAUAGAGUGAGGGUCAUGUUAUAGGGCAGUGCUAAGUACAGACAGUUAUAGGGUGAGGGGUCAUGUAAUAGGGCAGUGAUAGGUACAGACAGUUAUAGGGUGAGGGGUCAUGUAAUAGGGCAGUGAUAGGUACAGACCGUUAUAGGGUGAGGGGUCAUGUAAUAGGGAAGUGAUAGGUACAGACAGUUACAGUGUGAGGGGUAAUGUAAUAGGGCAGUGAUAGGUACAGACAGUUAUAGGGUGAGGGGUCAUGUAAUAGGGCAGUGAUAGAUACAGGCAGUUAUAGGGUGAGAGGUUAUGUAAUAGGGCAGUGAUAGAUACAGGCAGUUAUAGGGUGAGAGGUCAUGUAAUAGGGCAGUUACAGUGUGAGGGGUCAUGUAAUAGGGCAGUGAUAGAUACAGACAGUUAUAGGGUGAGAGGUCAUGUAAUAGGGUAGUUACAGUGUGAGGGGUCAUGUAAUAGGGCAGUGAUAGAUACAGACAGUUAUAGGGUGAGAGGUCAUGUAAUAGGGUAGUUACAGUGUGAGGGGUCAUGUAAUAGGGCAGUGCUAGGGUUUGCUGGCUUUAGAGGAAUAGAGGGUAUAGCACACAUCACACUGUUACUAUAAGAUCGUGCUGGUCUCCGGUAUUUACAUCUAUGUGCGGUGUCUGUAUAAAGUACGUCACAUUACUUAUACUGUAACACUGUUUGUGACUUUAUAUAACAUCCUCUACCUCACACAGCUGGGUCUAUGGUGCAGGAACUGCUGAGGAUACUCGGUGAGUCCCACAGGGUUACCAGAGCCAGCCUUCACCUCCUGCUGCAGCCUCACCUAACAGAACUGAGCCUCAGGCCCUGCGCUGGGCUGGUCAGUAACGCCAUUAUCCAACUGAUUACUGUGCGCUGCCGGUUCCUGACAUUUCUGGACCUGCAUUCCUGCCAGCGGGUGCCAGCAGCCUCAUUGGCGCUGCUUCUAGAAGGUUUGCCCCAGCUGUUGAAGCUCUGCCUUUCAGACACCCAGACAAAUGACAGUGUCUUAUCUGCUAUUGGUUCCUGCUGCCAGAAGCUUCGUGAGCUUGAUAUUUCCAACUGCAAGAAGCUCACCCCCUCCUCACUGCUGCACCUGGUGUAUGAUCCUUGUAGUGCCACUUACUGCUGCCAGUCUCUGAGGGUCCUGCUGGUUGAGGGUGUAAAGCCUCGGGGUUCAGUGAAUCCCUGGUUACAUGCUCUGUGCUUCAUCUUGCUGGCCAUCCCAAGACUAGAGCAGCUAUUUAACACUUUCCUGCCCAGUGCAUUGCUUGUCCUACAGGAUGGUGAGGUUACUAAAUGUGGCAACUCCCCCCCCUGGCUUUCCCUCUUUGCUUGAAGUGGCACAUGCCAGAGCAGGGUGUGGUGUUCAGGCUAAGGUUGAAAAUGGUUCUUCUGGACAAUGCUCAGCACAUGGAGGAUGCUUAGGUGAUGGUGCUUUUCAGUGCUUGCUUAGGCUUAAAAAGCUGGAAGAUAUUGAGGAGAAGGAUUUGCUCUGGGCCACAUCUCGGUGCCCAAUGGUAGAAGACAUUACCAUUUCUCUGGACAACUAUUCUGGGAUCAGCUCUCAUCUCACUCAGUGGCCUUACCUGACUCGCCUUACGUUACACUGCUCUGGGCCCCCCACCAGGAGCUUGGAGGAAUUACUGACCUCCCUGGAGCCUGUUGGAAGUAGACUCCGCUACCUCUCACUGCAAAACUUGUUUUGGCACCAGGAGGGAUCAUUCAGUACCCUUCUGAGUCUGUGCCCAAACUUGCACACAUUAUUUUGCCACUUUACUCCUCGCUGCCGGACUUUAUCUCAUAAUGAACCCGAGCCAGAACUCCGACCUUGGGGUGACAAUCUAGUAAUUCAGACACUUCCUCACCUACAGAACUUUAGUCUGCUUAUGGAGGGUGGGGACCCAUUGAACCCACUUUUUAAACAUAGUGUGGGGGGCUCUUUAGUGUCUCUCAUGUGUGGGAGCCCCCAGUUACAGACAAUUUCACUGUGGGAAUUACCAAUCCUACUUGAUGAUGUGUUUGAAGUUAUGGCUUCAUUUUCUCCAGUCCCCCUCCGCAAACUGAGAACAGUGUCACUGUGCCGAAGUUACAUUACAUCCUGGGGGGCAACACUGCUCCUGAGAUCAGACAACGAGCUUGAGACAUUGGAUUUAUCCCACUGCCAAGAAAUCACAUGCAGGGACCAUCACAGACUUAUAGAGUGGGUGCGAAAGGAAGGUCUGGACAUCACUAUUACAUGGCAGUGAGAGAGUUGCUCACCGAACAGUGACACCGACCACCACUGGGGCAGGAGAGUUUCUGAAGGAUGCAUUAUGACUUUAACAUCAUACUAUAGCUGCAAAAUGUCUACAACUGACCAUCAUGUGAUACUGACCACCUGACAUGGGCAGCUGUAGACCCCCUGUGGCUUUACUAACAUCACAUAAUGCUGACCACCUGUGGUGCAGGACAGUUUAUAAGCACAGGUUAUGGCUUCCACAUUUUAAUAAACACAGGGGUCUACAAUUGACCAUCACAUAACUAGCUAUGAUGCAGGUGGGGAUAUGAGAGCAGGUUUGGAUUUACAAGUGACAUUUACUGCCACUGAUACAGGAGAGAUUAAUUUUCUCUGCACAUCACAUGGUCCUUCAUAGGUUCCACACUGGCCUUGACUAAGACUGACUCUGCACCGACUGCCUGAGGUGCUUAAAUCGUUACACCACAUGGGUACAGCUUACAUACAGGAGGGAAUGAGCAGUACCACAGGGCUGUAUAAGAAGUGAGCACUGAAGUACAGCAGAUCUGCAGCUGACCAAUAAGCAUAAGACACAAAGUGCCCAUCUAUGUUGAUUCUAUUACUAUGCACUGACAACUCUAAAAUAAAGCAUCUUUAUUAUGUAACUAUA